ACUAACGUAAUUUAGACGUUUGCACUUUCAACCGUGUGUUAAUUGAGCAUUUGGGUGGUGAAACUAUACCUUUCACACAGAUCACAGAACAUUCAUAGAUUCUGUUACUCUUGUCCCCAUUUGCAUAUGCAACCGAUUUUCAGUAUAUCCAUUCCAAUUUUCUAUGGCCCAAGUCAAAUGCCAGUCAAAUGAUUUUUUUUCUUCAUGUUCAUGUGGGGUACAUUGCAAAAAUUAAUAAUAUUUAGACAAAGCUAAAGCUUUACGUGAAGAUACAAACAAAUAUGAGCUUUGUAAACUUCAUUCGGGUGUAUGAAUUUUUAAUGGCACAAAGGAAAUUGGAGAUUCUCGAAGCUGUUCGUCAGCAGAUUGUUCCUCAACUCUGAAUUCAUGUUAACAUCUGUACAGCUGGUUGGCACCUAGUUUGCCUAAACCUUAGGGUAUUUCAGAGGGCUUAUAAAUUCUUUCGAUUUGUCUUCGUAUUAACAAAUGUUUUUAUAAGUAGGCAGAUUUGGAUGAAAUCUUUUAAUCUUAUUUUUCGGAAGUGUUUGAUAUCAACGAGGUUACAAGUGAUGGGCUGUUGCAUGAUUACAUUUAUCUGAAAGUUAACAACGAAUGAGCUAGUGCAUGGUGGUAUUAGCAGUAUCAUAAGGAAAAGGCCUGUGUAAGAAUCAGUUAGGGGCUAUGGAAGGUUUUGCAGAAAAGAAAAAGAAGAAUUUGAUGAUUAUGCAAGAGACAGAACAAAACCCAAAGGCAGGUGGUGGUGUUGCAGUAGCCGUUAGCAAGGAUAAGAACAGCAAGUAUGCAGUGAAGUGGGCAUUGGAAAAAUCCGGGCUGAAGGUUGAUAGAUUGAUUCUGAUACAUGUGAGGCCACCUGUUGAUACUAUCCCAACACCUAUAGGAAGCUUCAUCCCAGUUUCACAGGUAUGCAGUGAUGCCGUGAAUGUGUAUAUGCAAGAAAUAAAAUCAAAAACCAAGAGCCUGUUAAGACCUUUACAGCAGCUCUGCAAAAGCAAACAGGUGCCAACAGAAAUUGUUGUGUUAGAAGACGACAAUAUACCAAAAGCAAUUGUGAAAUAUAUCACGGAUUCAAGUAUCAGUAACCUUGUUAUAGGAUCAUCAUCUCGUAAUGCAAUUACAAGGACAUUCAGAGGUCAAAAUAAUGCAGCAAAUGUUGCAAGAAAAGCCCCAAAGUUUUGUUCCGUAUAUGUUAUAUCGAAAGGCAAACUUGCUUCAGUGCACUCAAACACUUCUUCUGUACAAGAUUGUGACAGUAAUGAUAAUCCAAGGGGUCAUUCCAGGGUCAAUUCACAAGAUACAAUAGUAUCAAGAGAAAUGGUUGAGGAGACAUCUUCAGACUCCAGCGGAUCUACUGCAUUUCAAUCUAAAGACCUACUUGUCCAGAGAGAUCAAGCCCUUUCAUGUGAUAAUCAGACUUUAUACCAAAGUCUACAAAAUUCAGCAAGCAAUGUUCUAGUUGAUGAUGAACCAAUCUCCAUGUCACAGAGUAUUGGCACCAUCAUGCACAACACCCCGACUGAUUCUAUAAUACAAAUAAAAGAUGCCAAUGAAGCAGUUACGUAUUCUGAGAGCUCUAUAUCAUCUUUCUCAAGAAGCUCAGGUGCCACUGGUGAAGAAUUUCAAUCUUCCAGCUCAGCUCAUUCAGAUGCAGAACUAGUGACGACAUGUGGACACAAAAAUGAGAUGGAAACAAAUCGUAAAACUGACAACCUCAGUUUUAUGAAUAGAGAGAGGGAACAUGAAGUGCAUGAAAAUAAACUGGAGAAGCUUUUUGUGGAAAAAGAGAAAGACAUAAAGGCCUCUCCAAAUAGCCUGAUUAGAAAAUAUGUACAGCAGCUGAACUGGCAAACUUUUUCGUUCAUGCAGCCAGAUAUUGAGACUCAACUAAAAAGGCUAAAAAUUGAAAUUAAAAGCACCCAGGAGAUGUACAGGGAAAGUCUUACUCAUCGUAUAGAUGAGAAGAAGAACGCUGAAAGUCUGAAUGCUCAGCUCAUUGAAGAGUUAAGGGAAGUGGAAGAGGUAAAUUCAAGAGAAGAAUUGGCCAUGGCAGUGGAAGCAGAAUAUAUAGUACAACGUGAAGGUGACAUGGAGGACACUGAAACAGAAAGGCAUUCUACUGUAAAGGAGGUACAACAAAGGAAAGACGCAGAACUGAGAGCUAUUAGAGAUUCACAUGGAAGAAAAAAAGCACAGGAUGCCUUGCAAUCAGCCGAAGAAAGAUACAGAAAAUAUUCUAUAGAAGAAAUUGAAAAGGCAACUGAUUCCUUUUCUGAAUCACUUAAAAUAGGUGAAGGAGGAUAUGGCCCAGUCUACAAGGGCAGCUUAGAUCAUACUGCUGUGGCUAUCAAGGUUCUUAAAACAGAUGCAGAACGAGGUCGACAUGAGUUUCAACAAGAGGUUGAGAUUCUAAGUCGCAUACAUCACCCUCACAUGGUGAUGUUGCUUGGCACUUGCCCAGAGAGAGGUUGUCUAGUAUAUGAAUAUAUGGCGAAUGGUAGUUUGGAUGAUUGCUUGUUCCGAACAGGCACAAAUGCUUCUCUUCCUUGGUUUGUGCGCUUCCGAAUUGCUUCAGAAAUAGCCUCGGCACUCAAUUUUCUGCACACAACAAAGCCGGUGCCAAUUGUUCACCGUGAUCUAAAGCCUGCCAACAUCUUGCUGGAUCAAAACUUUGUGAGCAAAAUUGGUGAUGUUGGCCUGGCAAGGCUUGUUCCUCCCACAGUCUCUUCUGCUGUCACUGAGUACAAGAACACAAUUCUCGGUGGUACCUUCUUUUACAUCGAUCCAGAGUACCAGCGAACAGGAAUAUUGCGUCCCAAGUCAGAUGUGUAUGCCCUAGGGAUGAUUCUCCUUCAGUUGCUGACAGCCAAGCCGGCAAUGGCUCUCGCGGAUAAGGUUGAAACUGCCAUUAAAAAUGGCUCCAUGAGAGAAAUUCUUGAUAAUUCUGCAGGGGAUUGGCCUUUUGAGGAAGCAGUGGACUUAGCUAAGCUUGGCCUUAAGUGCACAGAGUUGCGAUGCAGAGACAGACCUGAUCUAGAGAAAGUUGUGCUCCCAGAACUAGUAAGAUUUAGAGAUGUUGCCAAUGCAUAUGUACAGCGCAGCAAGAUGCAAAGGGCCAUUGCACCUCCCAGCUACUUUCUUUGCCCAAUUCUGCAGGAAGUGAUGGAAGAUCCUUACAUUGCAGCAGAUGGUGUUACAUACGAGUACAAAGCUAUCAAGGCAUGGCUUGACAAGCACAAGUCACCUCCUAUGGGAAACCCAAAGCUACCCCAGAAAAAACUUGUUCGGAACCAGUCACUUCGUUCUGCCAUUCUUGAGUGGAGAAUAAGGAACAAUGUACACCCUUUGUCACAGCUCCAGCGUAAACUGUCACAUCUUAAAAACCAAGGCCAAGCCUGAAAUGUUGGUUACUCUACAAAUAUUUUUAAGCACACCUGUAUACUAGGAUUAUUUAUUGUAUCUAUUUGCAGAGAUUUGGAAAAAUAAGUCCAUUAAAUUUUGAAAAGGAACUCUGUAACUAGAAUCCUCUCUGGUUUUGAGUUACUGUACAUGAAUGUGAAAAUUGUGCAUACCAAAAAUACCAGGCAAAAAAGUAAUGAUUAACCUAUGAAAUUCAUACUUUUCAGCCAUACAUGGUUCAUUGCCUAUUAGGCUGGUUAGGUGUUAGGGAAGAGGUCAUCGGAUCUUUAGGUAACCCAGGUUGUGGGUUCAAUUUCUGAUUUGCCUGCGGAGUGGAUGAGGAUUUUUUGCACAUAGCUCAAGAGGUUUAUGGGGAGGCUUUUCUUGUAAAGAGCUAAACUCAAGGUGUUAAAAAAAAGAAAGAAAGGGCAUGAUCAAGAUGGUGGUGCAGGUUCCAUGGCAAGGAAUUGACCAUGUAGGUCCCAAAAUUCUAAUUGUCCCACCUAAAAUUUGUUUAAAAUUUAAUUUAUAUAUAUAUAUAUAUAUUUUAAAUUAUAAUUUGAAACGAAAGUCUUAAUAUUUAUUACAGUGGAGAAAGA